AUGGCUGAGAAGGUGUACGUUACUUACAAUCAGGUCCACAAACUCUGCCAAGAUGCCGCGCCUCGCAUCCUGUCCGAGUUCAAGCCCAACCUCAUUAUUGCCAUUGGCGGCGGCGGCUACGUCCCAGCCCGCAUCCUGCGCUCGUUCCUCAAACAGCCCGGCGCACCCAACAUUCCCAUCCAAGCAAUCGGCCUCUCCCUUUACGAAUCCCUUGGCACAGACACACAAGAGGAAGCGCCCGGGACCAAAGUCACGCGAACACAAUGGCUAGAUCUCCGCUCCCUCGAAAUGGCGAAUCUAAUCGGCAAAAGCGUACUGAUAGUCGACGAGGUUGAUGACACGCGGACGACGCUCGAGUACGCCGUCAAGGAGCUGCAGAAAGACGUGGCGGAGGCGGCGAAGCAGGCAGGCAGGACAGGAGAGGACACGAAGUUCUCCAUCUUCGUCCUGCACAACAAGGACAAAGAGAAGAGGGGCCAUCUGCCAAAGUCGAUGGUGGAGGAGAACCGGUAUCUGGCCGCGAGGACGGUGCCGGAUGUGUGGAUUAACUAUCCAUGGGAGGCGAUUGACAUUGACGAGCAUGAUCAAAUGGCCAUGAAGCAGACGAUUCAGUGA